UGCCUCUCUCUCUCUCUCUCUCACACACACACCUUUUAUUAUCUCUGUUCUGUUUUUUUCUUUUUUUUCUUACCAUGAAAAACGGCUAGAGGAGCUAAAGAGAGACACUGAGGCAGACACACACAGGCUUUCUUUCUUUCCUUGUUGUAAUAGAAUUACUAUUUUUUAAGACACAUCAAAGUUGUUAAAAAUACCACCACCGCUACUCUACAUUGCAAUGUCGGCUUACAGAGAUGAAGAUCCUCGUAUUCAUGACAUCAAAACUAGGAUUCGUGUUGUUCCCAAUUUUCCAAAACCAGGUAUCAUGUUUCAAGAUAUCACCACCCUAUUACUGAAUCCUAAAGCAUUCAAGGACACAAUUGAUUUGUUUGUUGAGAGAUACAAAGGCAAAAACAUUUCAGUUGUUGCAGGAAUAGAGGCUCGGGGAUUUAUAUUCGGACCUCCCAUUGCUUUGGCAAUUGGAGCGAAGUUUGUUCCUCUGAGAAAACCAAGGAAAUUGCCUGGCGAAGUUAUUUCAGAAAAGUAUAUUCUAGAAUACGGAAGAGAUUGUCUUGAGAUGCAUGUUGGAGCAGUCAAAUCGGGUGAACGUGCUUUGGUGGUUGAUGAUUUGAUUGCCACUGGUGGCACUCUGUGUGCUGCCAUGAAUUUACUCGAACGAGCUGGAGCAGAAGUGGUUGAAUGUGCAUGUGUAAUUGAAUUACCAGAUUUGAAGGGUCGGGAGCGAUUGAAUGGCAAGCCAUUGUAUGUACUCGUGGAGUCCCAUUAAUCAUGGCAGAUGAUACAAUUCUCCUGUGAUGAUGCAGAAUUAUAAAUGUACAUUAGAGGAAUAUCAUUUGUUAUUUUUCAGCUGGAAUUCGCCUUUCGUUUAGCCCAAUUGUUUUGACUAUUAGUGAGUUUUUGAUAAAUCAUGGUGGUUGAGACCCUUGCCAUGUAAUGCAGAAACAUCGAAUUUAUGUAAAGGGCUUGAUUUUAAGGAAAUGAUUGUAGGAAUUUCUCCUUAUUUUUCUA